CAAGUGAGGACUCUGAUGAAAGUUGAAGAGGUCGUGAGGGAUGAAGAAGUUACGCCGUACGUAGAGAGACACCACUUUUAGUUUCACCGUGAUGUCGUGACAGGUCGCACAAGCGAUUUUGAAAAACUAUGCGAGGUGAAAGGUUGGCGCAAAUUUGAAAUCCAAGGACCCGAAAGGGCAGCUUUUUUUUUAUUUUAUAGCGUGUCAAAAACCAAAAAUGUGCUGCAGGGAUAGCCAUUCACAAUUUUCGCGCGGGUGCGCGCCAUUUUCAAAAUUCUAAGAGUGCGACUGGGGGCAGAUAUUUUCCGCAGACAUGAUUCACUUCUGCGGAAAAUAUCUGCCCCUAGUCAGCGGCCGCGGCUCUUCUUCAUUUAGGCGGGGGUCGCCUCCAUUGGUUGCGCCGCUCGCGGGGAUGUUCAACGUCCCUGCCUCGCACGGGCGCCGGCUGCCGGGGUGCCCGGGCCUGGCGGGCUGGUGGGGUUCUGGCUCUUGCGAGGCCUGUUGGCAAUGCCGAAGCGGCCCCAUUCGGAGGAAGGGUUAGCCGGCGCAGGUGACUCAGCGGGCCGUCUUUCUCGGGCCCAGGCCCACGAUGCCCUUUUAUAUUACACAAAGCGCCGCUCGUCCUUGGUGGGCAAGCAGCUGGUGGCCCCGUAGGCUUGUACGCAUAGGGGCGCCCACGCGUGGGGGCGUGCAGCCUUUUUGGUGCUUGCGCGCGCGCGAUCCGGCCCCGAAAAUGCAGAAAAGCAAAAACGCCACACCGUCGGGCAGGGGGUGUAACACUUUUUGCCGCGGCAGUAGUAAAAAGUGUUACAACCUAGCGCCGCUUGCAUGGCGAACGCAGGUUGGCGCGAUGGCGAAAGCGAGAACGUUCGCCCGCGUUCCCGCCCUGCCCGCCCUGCCCGCGUUCCCGCUAUGCUAAAUUACCUAAGAAAGCAGAUUUGUCAUGCAUAUAUUGCAAUGACUACGGCAUGGGUACGAUACUUUUCCAUUCGAUAGCGUUCGUCGAAGGCGUUGACUACGAGAACAACUGCUACCAACUGGACGUGAAACGCAACGCUCCGAAGGACCGCGUCCGCCGCCCGAACAAACCGCCGUCGCACGUAUAAUUUCUUGUCGCUUUUUGCAUUACAGAUGGGAUUAUGAAUGUGGAACUCAGCAUGACAAAUCGAAAUUCUAAAAUCCCUUCCCUCUACAGAUCCCCGCCCCCCGCGCGAACAGUGCUGGCCGUCGGUUGAGUUUCGGGGGGACGGCGAUUGGAGCUACUACGACGACGACCAAUUGUGCGGCGAACAAAUCUGUCAUGCUAAAUGACAAGGAGACCUGGGAAGAUGAGGAUUUUGACCAGCACGAACUCCGGUCCUCCGAGCGGGUGUUCGAGCUGAUUCCGAAAGAACCGCUGCAGAUUCCGUUUGCCAAGUACAAUGCGGAAAACACGUUCACGGAGCAGUUUAUCCAGUGCAAAAGUUUAAUCGUACUAGUACUUUUAGUUUCACCGAGAUGUCGUGACAGGUCGCACAAGUAA